AUGGCCAUGGCCUUCCUCUCCCAUCUGGAUCUUCAGGAAAGCCUCCAAACACUCUCUGUUUUGCAGUGGAUCCCAGUCUAUGUCUUUUUAGGAGCUAUUCCUAUUCUUCUUAUACCCUACUUUCUAGUGUUCACUAAGUUCGGCAUGCUGUCCGUGCUCGCCUUAGCCUGGCUCUCCUAUGAGAACACCCACAGUCAAGGUGGUAGGCGUUCAACUUGGGUACGAAACUGGACCCUCUGGAAGUAUUUCCAAAUUUCUUCCCAGUAAAGAUGACUACGCUUCCUCUGGGUGCCCUCAGUCCCUCUGGUGAAGACUCAUGACCUCUGUCCCAAACACAACUAUAUCAUUGCCAACCACCCCCAUGGCAUUCUCUCUUAUGGUGUCUUCAUCAUCUUUCCCACUGAGGCCACUGGCUUUGCUCGGAUUUUCCCAGCCAUCACUCCUUAUGUAGGGACCUUGGAAGAGAUCUUCUGGAUCCCAAUUGUGCGAGAUUAUGUGAUGUCAAUGGGUGUGUGCCCAGUGAGUGAGUUGGCCUUGAAGUAUUUGCUGACCAAGAAAGGCUCGGGCAAUGCUGUGGUUAUUGUGGAGGGUGGAUCUGCUGAAGCCCUCUUGUGCCACGCAGGAGCCUCUACCGUCCUCCUUAAACAGCAUAAAGGUUUUGUGAGGUUGGCACUGAAGACAGGAUCAUACCUUGUUCCCUCCUAUUCCUUUGGAGAGAAUGAGGUUCACAAUCAAGAGACCUUCACUGAGGGCACGUGGCUAACGUUCUUCCAAAAACCUUGCAGGACAGAAUCAAAAAAAACCCUGAGACUAAGUUUCUGUACCUUCCACGGCCGGGGCCUCACUCGAGGAUCCUGGGGCUUCUUGCCUUUCAAUCGGCCCAUUACCACUGUUGUUGGGGAGCCCCUGCCAAUUCCCAAGAUUAAGAAGCCAAACAAAAAGACGGUGGACAAGUACCACGCACUCUGCAUCAACCUGUGCAAGCUGUUUGACAAAGUACAGUAUGGCCUCCCUGAGACCCAGGAGCUGACAAUCAUAUAA